GUUCCGGUUCCUAAGGUCGGUGGCGUCCCUGACAACCAGGACGUUCUCCCGGGGGCCUGUGUCUUUGCAGGGGAAGGCCCCGGACAUGUCUGAGGGAAAUGCUCACUUGCUAAUGUCCAAUGGUGUGUUGGUAACCAACCCUGAAUCCUAAUUGUAUAAAAUACUUACUUAAUUCAGUCUAAAUUCAACUUAAUCCUGCCUGCAUGUAUUUUAGCUCAUCGUCUCUAAAACACACUGCCUUUAACACAUUCUCUCUAUUUCUCUCUCUCUAUCCAGCACCCCGUGGUCUGUUGAGCUGGUUGUACGGCCUUGUUUCUCUCUUCCAUUUCUUACAGACUGAACUAUGAAUGUACCCCUGGCCUGUGGCAGUGGCGGGCACCUCUUAACGAUGCUGCUGUACCCUAUUCUAUAGUAUACGGACCUGUCUUGGUCGUCUCUCUCUCUCAAGUGUCUUGUUUCAUAUCAUCUCAACAUUAUGACAUCACAGCGACGCCAGUCAGUGCGCAACAGGCUGAGAGAGAUUGUGGGAGCAUCUACUAACUGGGGAGACCACCAGCAGGCGCUAGCUGACCGUUUGUCAUUGUCCAAUCAGCUGGCUGGUUCUCAGGAUGAGCUUCCUGUCCGCAGGAUGAAGGACAGCUACAUAGAGGCCCACCUUCCCCUGGGCACAGACCCUACCCUUAGAGAGAAAUACCUCAACUACCUCAAAGGUGUCAGGUUUGGCCGUAUCCUGGAGGAUCUGGACAGUCUAGCAGUGUUGAUCUGUUACUCUCACACCCAUAACAAGACACUUCAAAGAUCUCCUCUGUCCAUCGUCACUGCCCUGGUGGAUAAGAUAGACAUGAGGAAACAAAUCAUCCACCCUGACUGUGACAUCAAGUUCACUGGUCACGUGACCUGGGUGGGGAAGACCUCCAUUGAAGCCAAGAUGCACAUGUCUCAGUACCACGGUGGGGCCUACACUCCAGUUCUGGAUGCUACGUUUGUUAUGGUGGCCAGAGACCCUGAGAACAAGAGGGCAGCGUUUGUUAACCCUCUGAAGCCAGAGGGAAUUGAGGAGGAGAAACUGUUUUACCAGGGAGAGAUCAAUAAGACGCGUCGUAUAGAGCUGAGUACAGCGUCUCUACUGAAGGUGGCCCCUACUGCUGAGGAGAGGAAGAUCGUACACAGCCUGUUCCUCAACACCCUGGACAGCAAGACAGUGAGUUUCCGUAGCAGAGUUCUGCCUCCUAACUCAGUAUGGAUGGAGGAUGCCAAAGUGAAAGGACUGGAGAUAUGCCAUCCACAGGAGAGGAACAUCUUCAACAGGAUCUUUGGAGGGUUUCUGAUGAGGAAGGCUUACGAGCUGGGCUGGGCUAACGCAUGUGUCUACGGGGGGUGUCGGCCUAACUUGGUUGCCGUGGAUGAUAUCCUCUUCCGGAAGCCAGUAGAGAUUGGCUCCCUACUCCUGCUCUCAUCACAGGUGUGUUACACAGAGGGAAAGUACAUCCAGGUCAGAGUUCAUACAGAGGUUCUUGACCCACUGACCCGGCAGCACAACACCACUAAUGUCUUCCACUUCACCUUCGUCACAGACAAAGACGUUCCCAACAUAGUGCCACAGAGCUACGGCGAGUCCAUGUUGUACCUGGAUGGAAAGAGACACUUUAACCAGACCCUGGAGUCACAGUGAGACGUGAUGAAUACUGACGAACCAUGACCCAACACAACAACUACCUGCUAAAGCCUUAGUGUCCAGCCACCGCACCCGCCCUCCUUACCGUACGGUGUGUGUGUAUGUGUGUGUCUAUUUGCAUAACAAGGUGCCUAUUAAUUUGUUUACCUCUAUGUACCAUAUAUAUAUAUAUAUAUAAAUAUAUAUAUAUAUAUAAAAUAAACUGGGUGGUUCGAGCCCUGAAUGCUGAUUGGCUGACAGCCGAGGUAUAUCAGACCGUAUACCAUGGGUAUGAAAAAACAUUUAAUUUUACUGCUCUAAUUAUGCUGGUAACCAGUUUAUAAUAGCAAUAAGGCACCUUGGGGGUUUGUGGUAUAUGGCCAAUAUACCACGGCUAAGGGCUGUAUCCAGUUACUCCGCGAUGCGUCGUACCUAAGAACAGCCCUUAGCUGUGGUAUAUUGGCCAUAUAACACAUCCCCUUAUGCCUUAUUGCUUAAAUAUAUGCAUGCUGUCUAGUAUAGGUCUGUUUGGUGGUUGUUUCUUCUGGAGUCUGUUUACGUUCUGGGAUCCUGGUUUGGGAACACAGAUGUCAAUAGUGCUAUCACCUUUUUUCUACAUAUCUUCGACAUAAAAUCAAAUUAAAUGUUAUUUGUCACAUGCCGAAUACAACAGGUGUAGAAAUGCUUACUUACAAGCCCUUAACCAACAAUGCAGUUUUAAGACAAAUAAGAGUGAAGAAAAAUAUUUAUUAAAUAAACUAAAGUUAAAAAAUAAAAGAACAAUAAGGAGGCUAUAUACAGGGGGUACCGAUACAGAGUCAAUGUGCGGGGGCACCGGCUGGUCGAGGUAAUGGAAGUAAUAUAUACAUUUAGGUAAGGGUAAAGUGAUUAUGCAUAGAUAAUAAACAGCGAGUAGCAGCAGCGUAAAAUAAAGGAUGGGCGGUUAAUGCAAAUAGUCUGGGUAGCCAUUUGAUUAGCAUGAUUACAUCAACAGGAUUUAAUAUUUUGUCAAGUUAUUCAUGCUACACGGUCUUACAGCUUUAAAGCUUGUUUUUCACAGAUACUCAUCACAGGUCUUAUUUUUAUAUAUUCUAUUUGAUAUAAUCUCCAUCUGUGUGUACACUAGAGCGAGUGAAUGGGUGUGUAUGGGUUAUUUAAAGGAAAGGGACAUCUUUACUCAAUUUGAUCAAAGUUAUGUAACAAAUGACACAUAUUUGCAAUAAAUAUUUAUCCUUCAUUGUGA